UCUUAGCGGAUGUUGCUCGCCAAUGAAGUGGGAGUUUGUUGGGUUUCUCGGAAAGAAAAUGCCAUGGCCAUUGUUCUGGAGCCGAAGUCUUCUUACAACCUUAUAUCCCGAGCAGAAUCAAGCAAUAACAAGCUUCUAAUGCACGUGAAAUUGACGGACUCUUGUCUACGAGCGUUAGAAGACUAUCAAUUGGCCGAGGUGUCCCCAAGAAGAAAGCCAAGUAUAAAAUUUUCAGGAUAUCAGGGGUCAAUAUUGAUUCCGCUUGGCAAGGCUGAUUCAGGAGAUGAAAACACAGCAGAGUUUCAGCUGGAUUGCUCAGCAAUCUUGUCUGCUGGACAGCAGGGUGGAAUGGAUUGUAUCCAACAGUCUGGAGGAAGUAGUGACAUCAGAACCCUGGGAGCAGUUACCCACAAAAUUACUGUCAGAGCUACAGAUGAUAGUUACCAGAUGACGCAGCAAAGAAUGAAAGAAGCUGAAGAAGAAAGGAAAGGAAUAAGCACAAAAGUAAUCAAUACACCAAAGAAAGGAAGUAGAAAGGUUUUCAAGGGUUAUAAGCAAACAAACAAUGUAAUGGCUGCCAUGAAAAGACAAAUUAAAUCUGGUCCAGGAGCAAAGGUUUCAAGUGGACCCAGUAAAACCCUAAGGGAGAGAGUGAUUCAUUUAUUAGCAGUUAGACCUUACAAGAAACCAGAAUUGAUAUCUAGACUUACUAAAGAGGGAGUGAAUUUAAAAGACAGAAAUUCAUUAACAGGCAUAUUACAACAGGUUGCUGUUAUGACUGACAAUCAAUACAGAUUAUUAAAACAUUUGUAUUCUGAAGUUCAGGUUGAAACGUGGCCUAGUUAUAGUGAAACUGAAAAGCAGAUUCUACGCAGAAAAAUUAAAACUGAACUGAAUAAUAGCUCUGUUGUAACCUCCUCUUCUCCACCAAAGACAAAGAACUCGGAGACAAGCAAACCACAAAGUAAAAGGCACCGACAAAGUGAAGCAGAACACUCAGCCAAGAGACAACGCAUUUCUCAUAUUAAAAACAACAAUAAUAUCGUCAAAGACUCUCUAGAGAAAGACACCUUUCAGGUGGAAAAAUCUAAAUUGCCAGAGGAAAAGGAAAGAGAGCGAGUGGAAGAGUCUGUGUUGGACAAAAAAGACGAAAAUGACGAAGAAGAAGAAUCAAUUUCUGCAGAAAACUCACUAAAUGGUUUAAAUGGCUUAGAUUCUUCUGACUUUACCAAAAAAUACAAACCAAUCACCACUUAUGAACAACGCUGUUUGUACAAGAAAGAUUUUAAUGCAGAAUUGCCAGAAUACGAGUCUUUGAAAGCGAAGGUAGACUCAAUGAAAAAGAAAAUCCAUGAUCUCCAAAGCAAAAGACUCCAGUUUCCUGAGGGAACAGCGGAAAGAGAGGACUUAGACAAAGAAAUUCGUGAACAUUACCAUGAGAUGAUAAAGGAUCCCAGAUGGCUUCCAACUACGAAUAGGUGUCAAGAGCUGCACAAAAAACUAUCCUAUAUUAAGAGACUUAUUGCCGAUUAUGAUAAGGGUGCGGCAAACACGUGACAAUCACCUGACUGUCACGUGAAUACUUGGAACCAUUCUCCUUCUGGUUUACUGUUCCGUCCUGAAAUCACCCUUUUCAUUUGGUGGCAUUAGCAGCCAGUGAAUGUACAGGGUCGGUGUAACAUCUGUUGAGGACAAAGUAUGCAGUAAUGAAUUAGAACUUACUGAAGAUUAUCUUGGCUUAAAACUAUCCGGUUAUGCCCUGUGAACCGUUCAUUUCUUAAAUGCUAAAGUUGCUGGGCUGUCCUCUUCAAUCGUCUUGCACUCAUUUGGAAUAUUAAAUGCAUUGUUAUUAUAAUAAUAAUAAUUAUUAUUGUUAUUACUCUCAUUGAAAAGAGGCAGGUCAAACGAUCGCGACUUGUGCCAACAUUAACUCCCCGCCCUCCCCUCCCCUUUCCUUCCUUUUGUACACUUGCCAUUCAGCGUGCGCUGAGUGGUCUAUGCACCGAAGGUGCAAUCCAAGAGGAGGACGGCUCGGCAUCGAUUGCACCGAGAGUCUAGGAACAUUUCAAUGUUUGCUGCGAUCGUAACAAGCAAAAGUAAAAUUUAUUUAAAAAUUGUUCUGUAUAUUUCUACAUCGCAGAGAGAUAGUAAAUAUAAUAUGAAACUUCCACAAUCUCUAAGUAUAACUUACAAGACGAAGUUGGUAUUUCAUCUGAUCUUAAGUAGGAUUCUGCCUCCGUUGUAGAAUUAAAUUCUACAGUUCUCAUACCGUCUCUUAUUGAAUUUUGUCCUUAUGAGACCUCUAGAAGCUUUAAAUCGCAAUAAAUACAAAAAGUUAAACCGA